AUGGUCGAGGUUAAUCUUAAUCCAGAAGAAGAUGUAAAGAAAAUAAUUUAUUUACAUCCCGGAGAUGUGCUUGGUGAUUGGACUGUUUUGGACAAAAUCGGCGAAGGUGGAUUUGGCGCCGUUUACCUGGUAAAGGAUAACAAAGGAAACGAGUAUGCCAUGAAAACUGAAAGUAUCAAUGCGACUGCUAAAGUGUUGAAAGCAGAAUACUAUGUUUUGACAGAAUUAAAGAAAGCAAAAGCGACACAUUUCUGUGAUAUUUUGGAUAGCGGUUUGGUUGGCGAGAAUAAAUAUGUAGUAAUGACACUGGUUGGGCAGUCUCUCACGGAUCUGAGGAAACAUGAUCCAGCGCAGAAAAUACAGAAGUUCACCAUGGGUUGUGCACUUUCAGUAGGUAUGAAAUGUUUGGAAGCAAUUGAAGAACUUCACAAUAUUGGAUAUUUGCAUCGUGAUAUCAAACCCGGUAACUUCGCAAUUGGUCGUAAAAACGUGCGACAGAUUUAUUUACUCGAUUUUGGUAUGUGUCGUAAAUAUCUUAACAAUCAAUCAUACAUACGUAAUCCACGAAGAUCUGCUGGUUUCCGUGGCACUGUCAGAUAUGCAUCAAUAAGCAGUCAUAUAUCACGUGAGCAGUGUCGGAAGGAUGAUCUGGAAAGCUGGAUAUAUGAUGUUCAUUACUUCAAAUCCUGCUUUCUUAUUCUCCAUCACUGUUAUGAUAAUUUUCUGGUGGAACUAACGGUCGGUUAUUUGCCGUGGAAAAAUAUGCAAGACAAGGAUGAAGUGGGUCGAUGUAAGCAACUCUGUCGCAAGGAUGAAUACAUCAAAGAAUUGUUUGGUGGCUGUCCAAGAGAAUAUAUUACAAUUAUGAGACUUAUCGAUUCCAUUAGAUAUUAUUCAAAACCAGAAUACAGUAAGAUAACAGACUUAUUGCGCGAUGCAUUACGAAACAACAAUGUAUUGGAGUAUCCGUAUGAUUGGGAGAAGUAUCUCGAACCAUCGAGAAACACCGAAGGGACGGAAAGCAAAGUUUUGUAA